AUGCCGAUCCCCACUGUUAAGCUUGCUGGCAAGGACGGUCUGAUGCAGUUCUCGUGGGUGCCCGACCCGGUGGGCGACGAGGUUGCUUUCGACUGCAUGCUUGCCGCGCUCAAGGCCGGGUCGAACACCUGGUCGACGGCUACAUUCUACGGCAUGCCGCCCAACCCGUGGGCGAACCUGGAGCUGAUCGGGCGCUUCUUCAAGAAGUACCCCGAGUACAUUGGCAAGGUGCAGCUGGUGGUCAAGGGUGGACUGGACAACAUGAUGCCGACGAAUGACAAGGAGGUCAACCGCCGCCUGCUGCAGAAGACGCAGGAGCUUCUCGGCGAGAACGUCCCGAUCGAUGUGUACUCGCCUGCACGCCUCCUGCCCGGCCAGGACGUGGUUGAGUACCUCCGCCCCUUCGACGAGCUGCGCAAGGAGGGUCUUUUCGGUGCCCUUGGCCUGUCCGAGGUGAACGCGAACACAUGCCGCACCGCGGCUCAGCACUAUGAGAUUGCGACUGUUGAGAUCGAGAUCUCCCUCUGGAACUAUGACCAGCCGACGCGCGAUGUGAUCGAGUGGAGCAAGGAGACCAAGAUCCCGAUCUACGGAUACUCGCCCCUGGGCCGCGGCUUCCUCACGCGCAAGUACAAAAAGCCGGAGGACAUUCCCGAGGGCAACUUCCUCAAGGACAUCCCGCGCUUCCAGGGUGAGGCUUUCUACCACAACCUCAAGCUCGUCGACGUGCUGGACGACAUGGCGAAGGAGAAGGGCCUUACUACCGCCCAGCUCGCCAUCGCCUGGGUGCUUGCCCUCAGCCCUUACAACAUUCCCAUCCCCGCCAGCACCAACCCCAAGCGUGUGACGCAGAACGCGGAGGCUGGCAACAUCAAGCUCUCCGACGACGACCUCAAGCGUAUCAACGACAUCCUCGCCAAGUUCGAGCCGAAGGGCGGCCGAUACCCGAAGGAGCAGUCCGGCGUCCUCAUGCUCUGA